CUUUCCAUUCGCCUUUAUUCAGCUUCCGUCAUCCACCCCAGCAGGCGCUGAAGGCUCCAGAAGCCCUAGCCUUUGCUUCCUCCUCCAGAACAUCCAUCCCUUUCCAGACGCUCCCAGAGCCGUCUGUCAACCCCACGACGUUGCGAUUCCCGCAGGCUCCGCGGUGCGCUACCUUGUGACGUCACCGAGAGAAGAGGCGGGCUCUCCCCUGCCACCAGAAGUCCUCUUUUCUGAUUGGUCACUGGAAGGCGUCUGUCAAAACGCGUUGCCUUUACUGUGCGCGUUGAGUGUGGCGUCCUUGUGGUUUGCGAGACCGAGGCUCCUAUAGGGUUCGCAGCUCGCCCGCCCCUUCCAUCGGGGACUUGGAUUCGGCUUGCCCCAGGCGGGCGGCUGUCGAAUCCCGAGGAGGAGCUCCAGGACGGCGGCCCGCGUUGCGCAGGUGGGAAGAUGGCGGCAGCCUCGGUCUCGGCGGCUUCUGAUUCUCAGUUUUCGAGCGUCCUAGCUGAACCAUCAAGGUCUAAUGGAAAUAUGGUUCAACAUUCUUCAUCUCCGUAUGUAUUAUAUCCACCUGAUAAGCCUUUCCUUAACAGUGAUCUGAGACGCUCCCCAAAUAAGCCCACAUUUGCCUAUCCGGAAAGCAACAGCAGAGCCAUAUUUUCUGCUCUUAAGAAUCUUCAAGAUAAGAUUCGACGCUUGGAACUGGAAAGGAUUCAGGCAGAAGAAAGUGUGAAAACCUUGUCUAGGGAAACAAUUGAGUAUAAGAAAGUAUUGGAUGAACAGAUACAAGAGAGAGAGAAUUCAAAGAAUGAAGAAUCAAAGCACAACCAAGAACUGGCAUCCCAGUUGGUAGCUGCAGAAAAUAAAUGUAAUCUUUUAGAAAAACAAUUGGAAUACAUGCGAAAUAUGAUAAAGCAUGCAGAAAUGGAGAGAACAUCUGUCUUAGAAAAGCAGGUUUCCCUAGAAAGAGAACGGCAGCAUGAUCAAACCCAUGUUCAGAGCCAGCUGGAAAAACUGGAUCUUCUUGAACAGGAAUACAACAAACUCACCGCAAUGCAGGCUCUUGCAGAAAAAAAAAUGCAGGAGUUGGAGUCCAAACUCCGAGAAGAAGAGCAGGAAAGGAAGCGGAUGCAGGCCCGGGCUGCAGAGUUACAGAGUGGUCUGGAAGCAAAUAGACUUAUUUUUGAAGAUAAGACUACUUCAAGUGCUCCAACCAGCACUAGAAAAAUUAAAAAAAAGAAGUCGAAACCACCAGAAAAGAAAGGUUCUAGGAACUAUUUUGGUGCACAGCCACAUUACAGAUUGUGCUUAGGUGAUAUGCCUUUUGUUGCUGGAACGUCCACCAGUCCCAGCCAUGCCGUGGUAGCCAAUGUUCAGCACGUCUUGCAUCUGAUGAAACACCACAGUAAAGCCCUGUGCAAUGAUCGAGUUGUUAACAGUGUUCCUUUGACAAAGCAAGCGUGUUCACGAAGUCGUACGUGUAAGAAGUCAGUGACACCGCCUUCCAGCAGUGUUGACGAGGAACUUUCAGAAGUCUUACAGACUUUACAGGACGAAUUUGGGCAAAUGAGCUUUGAUCAUCAGCAGCUCACUAAACUCAUACAGGAAUCACCAACUGUGGAGCUAAAAGACAACCUGGAGUGUGAGCUGGAGGCAUUAGUGGGACGAAUGGAAGCAAAGGCCAACCAGAUAACCAAAGUCCGAAAAUACCAAGCCCAGCUGGAGAAACAAAGCAUAGAUAAGCAGAAGAAGGAAUUAAAAGUUAACAAAAAGACUCUUGAUGAAGAAGGAAACAGCAGCAGUCGCUCAUCUGGAGUCACAAGGACCUCGAGUAAGAAGGAUCUGACCAAACAGAGACCUGGAGAAAAAAGCAGGAAAAAUCUUCAGUUACUGAAGGAUAUGCAAAUCAUACAGAAUUCACUGCAGAGCAGUAAUCUGUGUUGGGGUUACUGACAGCAGGUCAUAAAUGAUGUACCUUACUGGUCAUAAAUGAUGUACUUACUGGACAAUGAGCAGACUUUCCAGGUCUCAUGCUUGCUAAGCUGCCAUUACUGGCAGGUGUUAAGGCCAAGCUUCAUUACAGUCUUGUGCUGUGCGGCACAACUGAAUGGAGAUGGAGUUCUACAGCAGAGAAGCCGCACUGUGGCUUGACUAUGCUGUACUCAUACACUGCACUUUGUAAACAAAUGACCAGUUUUGUACUUGUGGGUGUGUUUUUUAAGUAGGUAUAUAUGUAAAUUGGGUUUGAAAAUUCAGAAUGUGACUGUCCCCAUAGUCAGUACUCGAAAGUCUUGUUUUUAAAUCUUCCCACAGCAUGAAGUGCACACUACUUUACCUUCUCCAGAUGACCAUUAAAUGUACUGUUUUCAAGAGGACUUUGUUUUGCUUUGGUAUUUCAGACAUUGGUCAAUAGUAAAUUCACUCUUAAAAACCCAAACAUUAAGUCAGAUACCCAAGAAAUGUCUUCAAUAAAACUCUAAACAGUUGUUAAUGAAAUAAAUGAAAUAUUGGAAUAAAGAAUGAGAAGGGAGGAUUGUAAAACGUACAUGUUUGUAACAUGUACAUAAAUGUACAUGUUGACAGUACCUAUUUGUAAUCAUGUCAUAAUAAGCACUGUUUAAUCUUGACUUAAGAGAAUCUCAUGCUCUUAGCAUACAGUAUGAAGGUGAUAUGUGAACUGAAUACACGUCUAUCAUGUCAAUGUAAAUUAUUAACUUUUAGUAGCUCAACAUGUUAAUCUUUAAAUUUGGUACUUCAAAUCAAUAAAAGCAAUUUUUAAACUUUGUUUAACAGUCA